ACAGUCAGAGACUGUCUGGCUUUCUGGUAGUGCUCAGAGACGCCUUCGGGUGGACCCCGAGAUGCAGCUGCUUACAAGCUCUUAGACAGACCGCAGCUACGCUCUCCUCCGCAGAGCCCAGUCUCGCGCUCCGCCUGAGCCUCGGCCUCCGGGGAACUUCAUUUCCCGUCGGGUUGUGGGGCUCCGCGCACGCGCGUUAGUGGCCCCAGCUAUGGCGACCGUGCUGUCCCGUGCGCUCAAGCUCCCAGGGAAGAAGAGUCCAGAUUUAGGGGAAUAUGAUCCUCUCACCCAGGCUGACAGUGAUGAAAGUGAAGAUGAUCUUGUUAUCAACCUAAAGCAGAAAAAUGGGGGUGUCAAAAAUGGGAAGAGCCCCCAGGGAGAAGGGCCAGAGCCUGACUCCGAUGCGGAAGGAGUCGGGCCUGCCAAGCAGCAUUUGUCAGAAGUCACCACGGAGGGCUACCCUUUGCCUCCUCUUGGCAGUCUGGAGCAAAAGACGGCAUCUUCAUUUGUGUCUCACGUGCGCACGUUGAUCUUCUUGUUCACUGUCCUGAUUUCAAUGAUCCUGGUGUUAGUGUGUGCCUUUCUGAUCCCUUGCCCUCCCAGAGAUCUGCAGAAUAUGUGGAGCCGCCAUUUGGGCCCAGAAGGAGGUGGGGACUUCUCUCUGCUGGAACUGGUUGACGUGAAUGGUGAUGGAUUACCUGAUGUCCUGCUUUCCUUUGUGAACCUAAAAAAUGGGAGUUUAAUAGCUGUCCCUAAGCCCCGGGCCACUCUGCUAGCUCUUUCAGGGGUAAAUGGGAGCACUCUUUGGACCACUUCUCUCUCAGAGGAGGUACAAAGCUUACAGUGUUCUAGGCUAACUCCAGUAGACUCAGCAGAAGCCAUCUGUCUUGUGACUGGGAUAUCCAAGCUGCUCAGUGCACUCAAUGCCACUUCAGGCAAAGCCAUUUGGACUCUAAACCCAAGCCACUUGUCCAAUGGGACUUUGGUCUCCUCAGCUGUGGUGCUGCCAGAUUUGGAUGAUGAUGGAGUUAGAGAUCUCCUGGUUCUGACCAUUAAGCACUUACAGGGAGAUCUCUAUUUCCUGCUAGUUUCAGGCAAGACAGGGAUUCCUAUGGGCCGGCCUGUGAAGUACAACAUCGUGAAAGAGGGCAGUCUGAUUCGUCCUCAGGUUCACGUCACCACACAUGGGGCGAUCUAUAUCCUGUUUGGCUUUGGUAACAUUCAGGCCAUCGCCCUGAGGGAUAUUUUUGUCCAGGCCCUAAACCGGGACAGCUCGCCGCCUUUGUUGCAGAUAGAGGAACCAGAGUGGGAGAAGAGAAGAUCUGUCAACCUGUCUGAGCUUAUUGACAUUUAUAGUGAUGAGGUUGAAUUACUCCAGUUGGUAAAAGCACCAGACAGCAACUACAGCAACCUCCUCAUCACAACGAAACAGAGUCUUGUCCUUCUUCGGGGUCAAGACCUUGCACGUCAUUGGGUGCUGAAUCUCCAAGGCCUACACAGCCAACCUACUCCUGGAUAUUUCACAAAUGACCAGACCUUGGAUUUUCUGCUGGAGGCACAGUAUGGAGAUGGGAUGAAAAAGGUGAUGGUGGUAGACGGUAAUUCAGGUACAGUCGUUUGGAAUUCCAGUCUCUCAUGUCACAUGAAAGAAUCAGCUGCCACUUCAGUGAUGACAUCAGACCAAAAAUCAGUUUUUCUCUUUUGGGCUGAAAACCUGUCAGCAGCCCCAUCCAAUUCAGAUCUCAACUCAGGAACUGAGCCACCUGUGCUCCAUCAUCUUUACCUUUUGCAUCCAACCUUCCCCACAAUCCUCCUGGAUCUGGCUAAUGACACAAGUGCUGUGAAUGCGUCAGCAAUUGGAAUUAAUGAUGUCUGGAAAGAUGCUUUCUAUGUUACCAGGAAAACAGGGCCUGGGUCUGAAAACCAUCUGAGACCUCUAGUUGUCAGCAAGGUGAACUUAAGGUGGGCCCUGAUGGAGAGCCAGGUUGUUGUGCUAAAGGAGACCACUCCCAAAAUUGGCCGGGGAGAACUUAGAAGAUUCCUUUCUAGGCUAAAGUUUAUUUCUUCUCAGAAGGUCUAGUCUGAAGGUACCUCGGAUUUCAGAUGGGACUAAUGAGGACCCUCUCUUUAGCCUAGAAUCUUCUCAGUUAAGUCUGUAAAAUCAGGUAUAUGGAGAAAGCAAAAGGAAGCUUCUUUCCCCACAUUGUCUUGCCACCUCUGUAUAAUUAACGCAAAGCACUUUGGAAAGCAGGCUGUUACUACUUCAUAACAAUCCUACCUGUUUGGUAAUGGUAUGUUUAACUUCCCUUCUUUACUUUCAUAUCAAGACCAUCCACAAGCUUUCUGUGGGUUGUUUAAAAAUGUGUGUGUGUGUGUGUGUGUGUGUGUGUGUGUGUGUGUGUGUGUGUGAGAGAGAGAGAGAGAGAGAGAGAGAGAAUAUGCAUAAUUUAUAAGCAAAUGCUGAGAAGUGUCCAAGAAGUACUUAUAUCCAGGAAACGUUUUUUGCUUUGUGUUACUUUAUGGGUUUUGAAGUGUGGAGUGUUUACUAGAUAUAUUUCAUACCCAUUUCCUUACACAUGUGAAACAUAUCUGGGCCAUUUGGUCAUCUCUACUCCUCUAAAUUUCCUACCUCUUAUCUUAGGGUCACCAUUUUUCGACCUUUCACUUCCUUCUUAUCCAGGUCAAUCUUGAACUAUCUCAUUUGUCAAUCAUUGGCACCAAUUUAAAACAAUAUGAGAAGACUGACUAUUCUUAUCCCUUUGAUCCUUUGUUUCUAACCUCCCAUCCAGAUGCCCAGAGGCUAUGGGAAGAGCUAUAUUACUAUCACAAGUAUAGUAAGAGAAAUAAGUUCAAAUGAAUUAUCUCUGAUAAAGCCCCAUAUUAUUUUGGUUUUCAGUGUGUUAGGGAUGAUCCACUGUUUCUGCUGUGAUGUCAGGAUUAAGCAGAGCAUUCCUACUGCUCACGAAAACAGUUGAGGUUCAUAUUCUUUUUCCCACUUUACACCGACUUUUCAUAAUGAUUGGUACACUUCCCUCGUGGAGCCCUCUUCCUACAACUUCUUGCAUUUUUUAUUAUUGAAGAAUAUUUUUGCUUCGUUGUACAGAAUUCUUAUGGAGGAAAAGCUAUUCCUGAGCCCUUCCUUUAAAACCCUGAGCCUUGAUAUAUAGUUAAUCUGUCCAACUGACCCUAUUCCUUGUAGAGCCAUGGAACAGCUUGUAUACAUUUCGUGGUGUUCUUGUAUAAAUAUUGUAACUUUGUAAAUAGCAAGUUCAUUGGUGUAGUCUGUAGUUUUUAGUCCCCUUCCUCUAUUCUUUUCUUAAUAGGAAUGGAUUCUUGUAAGCUAUCUUCUAAUAGUGAUUAUUUAUUGGGCUGAGCCUCUCAGUUGAUGAUAUGUCAUAAGAAAUCCAAGUCAGGAGCAGGUAGGAGGAUUGUUCUCUCCCUUGAGCUACUUUAUGAUGUGUUUUCACUGAAACUUUCAGUAGUGCUCCCUUAUGCUAGUUUUAGAGAUUUCAUUGAUAACAUUGCUAAAUUUGAAAGGGCGUGUGUGCCAUUUUCCCAAUGAAAGUCAUAUGACAUAAUAUUAAAAGGUUAAUCACUGUCAAUGUUCAGCAUAUGCUGCUUGAAAUACAGCCAGUCUAGGUACCUGACCCCAUACCUGUGAAGACAGAGUCAGUUCUAGCAUAGCUUCUGUCUGAAUCCCAGUUUGGCACAGAUGAAGGAAUAAAAAAUGUCAAGUUGGAUCUAGGAAUAUCCCAGUAGGAAAAGAUGGUCCCAGGUCAUCUGGAAUUUGGAUCAAUUUUGAAGGAUGUGGUGGUGCUAGGCCCUGUUUUGAUUGAGGAUCCUUCUGUGCUUUAAAUAGACCCAGUUGUUGGAGGGAGUUCCAAAGUCUAAUCUGGGCCAAACUGAAUGUCAUGCUCUGUAGUGGUCUCCAUGACAAGGGUGUUCCCUAUCAUACACCACUGAGAUCUGAGCAUUUCAUAUUUCUCCAGUAUACCCAGACUUUCAGACUGGCUACCCAUAUUUAGGCAGAAAUAUGUGGUACAUUUGUUCAUAACAUAUGUGUUUUGGAGAUCAUUUUUAGCAGACAGUCAGGCUCCUUUUUUUGGUUAAGUCACAGAAAUAUAAAAUAAAAGAGCUGGAAAGAAUGUUUUGUGUGAAUUCAAGGUGAUGUGCUUGCCUACCACCUUAAGGGUUCAAUUUUGGCUAUACUUGAUAGGACUCUUUCCCCUGUUCUCUUCCCUAAACCAUUUAAGAGAUAAUGAGUUGUGAUGGAAGGUUGACAUCUGGACAGUUUGGGUACUAACCCAUGUUCAUAUGUAUUUAAACCUCCCUCUUCUCUCAGGGAACCAUUAACUGGAUGAAUGAGCAUUAGUCUGUACUGUAAGCAUUCCUUUCUUUUCUCUACUCCUCACAUUGGGUCCCUGUAAUAGCUCAAACAACUACUAGAAGCAGUAAUAAUACCUUUUGCAUCUUACUGCAAAUGAAAUUGACCCCUCUGUACUCUGUCCUGUCUUUGCUUUCCUCUUUAAUCAAUCUAUGAGGGAUCUUUCUUUAAUUUUAUUAUUCUGUGGUAUUGUUACAUCAAUUCCCAUAAAUGUGAACUGUUGUCUACAUCUUCUGUGUAAAAGAAACACCACUCUGUGAACUGUCAGAAAAGCAUUUGAAAUACAAGAUAGAACAAAUAAACACCAUGUACAGGAUAA